UUGCGCGUGCGUGAGGUUUGUGGGCGAGCCCGUAGCUACGACGUUGCCGAGGCUUCAAGAUGGCGGAAGCCCUGACAACUCAAGAGGAGGUGGCUGUGGAAGAGUUCCUGACAGAGUUGCGGAGUCGGGAACACACACAGAAUGUUGUGUUGGUGUCUGAGAUCACUGCAGUGAAGUUUCUUAUGGCACGCAAGUUUGAUGUGUCCCGAGCCAUUGAUCUCUUCCAAGCCUAUAAGAAUACUAGAAUAAAGGAAGGAAUUUACAACAUAAACCCAGAUGAGGAGCCUCUGAGAACAGAGUUACUGAGUGGAAAGUUCACCGUGCUGCCUGGUCGGGAUUCUAAGGGUGCUGCUCUGGCUCUAUUCACCGCUCGCCUCCAUCGGCCUGAACUCACUACCCAUAAGGCUGUGCUGCAGGCCAUCAUCUAUCAACUGGAUAAGGCCAUUGAGAGUAUUCAGACCCAGCGGGAUGGGCUAAUAUUCAUCUAUGAUAUGACCAACUCUACGUACGCUAACUUUGACUACGAGCUGUGUGUCAAGAUCCUCAAUCUACUUAAAGGUGCGUUUCCUGCCAGGCUGAAGUGUGUGUUUAUCGUGUCCUCUCCACUGUGGUUCAGGGCACCGUUUGCUGUGCUGCGUCUGUUUGUACGGGAAAAGCUGAGAGAGAGAGUGUGCACCGUUAAGGCACAUGAACUGGCCAAUCACAUCCCAGUGUCCUCUCUUCCUGAGCAUCUGGGUGGGACCUUAAAUUACAGUCACAUGGCCUGGGUCCAGUCCUGUUUCAACACUGGCUCUGCCAGUAACCAUAGUGACGCCAAUGAUAACCCGGACUGUGUAGGUAACCUUCUGCGUUCCUAUUGGCCAGAGCAGAAUGCUGCCCCUCUGGACGGGACCAAUGCCAACUUGCCUAAUCACCGAAGCCCAGCCAAUCACACACAGCACUGGAAUGGCUCUGCCCUCCAGGGGCGUGGUCACCAUCCACCUCCGCAGUCUGACACCCCCCCUGACACACCCAUACACCACACACACACACAAAACAUAGUCGUCACGGAGACCGAGUGGGAAUCGGAUGGACGAAUUCCGGACAAACAUGGACAAGGAGACCGAGAGGAGGAGGAGGGACAGGACGAGGAAGACGGGGUUCCCCCUCUGCCACAGAAAUCCCGCCCUCCUCCCCCCUCCCACAGCCCCCCGUCGCUGCCGCUGGAGCUGAUGGAGGUGUCCAUACACAUGCCCGAGCUGGGGGGCAUGACCGUGCACGAGUUGGUGGCCCACGUAAGGAGGAGCCGCAAGAGAGGCAUCUACCAGGAGUACGAGCAGAUCCGCAGAGAGCCACCAACCGGAACCUUCACCUACUCAAAGAAGCCUUCCAAUCAGAUCAAGAACCGUUACAGCGAUGUCCUGUGCCUGGAUGAUUCCCGUGUCAGAUUGACCACUCUCGAUGAGGAGGACGACGAGACCACCGACUACAUCAACGCCAGCUUCAUGGACGGGUACAAGAGGAGCCGAGCCUACGUCGCCACUCAGGGUCCGCUGCCCAAAACAUUUGGUGAUUUCUGGAGAAUGGUGUGGGAGCAAAUGGUCUUAAUCAUCGUCAUGACCACCAGAGUUGUAGAGCGUGGGCGUGUGAAGUGUGGGCAGUACUGGCCGCUGGAGGUUGGCCAGACCGAGGACAUGGGUUUUUUUUUGGUGAGGAGUGUCCACAUUGAGACUUUCCAGGACUUCAAGCUGACUCACCUGGAGCUUUACAACAACCAAACCGGUGAGACGAGGGAUGUCUCUCAUUACCUAUAUUUGAGUUGGCCUGAUUUUGGGGUUCCCAAGUCUGCCUCGGCCAUGUUGGACUUUAGGGCUCAGGUCAAAGAAAGGCAGGAGGCGGGUCUACGUGCACUAGGACCUCAUUGGACAGGACCGGCUGGAGGUCCCCCAAUUGUGGUGCACUGCAGCGCAGGCAUUGGCCGCACAGGUACGUUUUGCACAUUGGACAUCUGCCUGUCCCGUCUGGAGGACAUUGGGACGGUGGACGUGGAGCAGACGGUGCGACGCAUGCGGACCCAGCGAGCCUACAGCAUCCAGACGUGGGACCAGUACUACUUCUGCUACACAGCGGUCAUGGAGCACGCCCAGAGGACCGGCCUCAUCCCCCCCCUGGAGUGGUCCGACGCCGAGCUGGAGACCGACAGCGAGUGAUCCAACAGAGAGAAUGUCGUGAAGUGAGAGGGACAGAGAGCGAGAGGCGGAAGACAGAAAGGACACGCAGGACACAGACAGGCUACUGGGAGCGCGACGACAGGAAGCCAGCCUCGCUUUGGUCCUCACUGCCCUCAGUCCAGCCUCUCAAUAAAGCUCACUGCCUCUGAAGAGUGGGGGAGGUGGAGAGAGUGAAGGAGUCCUUGGUCCGGCCGUUUCAAGCCUUUAUUUUAUGUUUGGUUGUGAAGGACUGACCUGAGUCCCGAUGAUGGGAACUGUGUCAGUGGCGUGUUUUUACCAGUUGUAGCAUUUUUAUUUUUGAAAUAAUGACUUGCACAUGUGAAUGGCAAACUUGAAAGAAUAUUACCCACUUUUUACCCCACCCUCCUCCUCCUUUUUUAGUUACUUUUUUUGUUACCUCGUUUCUGGUUUAUCAUACAUGAUUUGUUCAUUUCACACAGUUUUUUUGUGUGUGAACAUGAGUGAAACUUGAACUGGUUUCUUUGUUAGGACAUGAUGGCUGACUCUGUUGGUCGUCCUAUGGCUGUUGGACUUGGUCCUCCGUCUCCUAUGUCUUUCCAGCUUUGGUUUUUGUAUUUUGAUUAUCAUAUGUGCAUAUUUAAACUAACCUGAAAGCCAAAGUGAUCACGUGGAAUGCUUGGAUGUACCCUUAAUUACAGUCGUGAGUUAAAACCCAUUGUAUAUUCUUGUAACAUACAUUUAUAUAUUGUGCAUAACAACCUUUGAAAAGCCUUGUUUUAAGUAAUAGACUUGACAUUGUUAAAGAAAUAUAUGAAUAUAUAUAAAUAUAUAUGAAUAUAUAUAUAUACAAAUAUUGUGGGCUAGAGUAUGAGACGUUGAAAAGGAGAUUGAUAUAUAUAUAUAUA